AUUUACAAAUCGCGUGCCGAUUGGUUCGGAGGUACUGUUAUAAGAUGGCGCCCAGCUAAAUAUAAUUGGUAAAGAAAAAGAAAAAAACUGCCUGUAGCAAUCCCAGGAAAACUAAAAAAGAAAGAACGCAUUAGCCAAAGAGACAAAAAAGUUACAUUUUGCUUCUGUGCUUUUAGGAAAAGGGGCGUUGCUUCGUGGGUAGAGAAGUGAGUGACCUGAGACUCGCCACGGUUGAGGAAGAGAGGUAGCUAUCGCAUAUCUAUACUAUGCUAGCCGUGAAGCUAAAAUAAAAUACACUAGGCGUGUAGCAUUAGAAAUGUCGCAUCAGUACAUUGCUCUUUUGUAGUAGCUAGGUAAAUAUGAUGUUGCGGUUCAUGGCUGAGCUGGCUCCACUUCCUAUAUAUAGCAGUAUCUUUAGUAAACAACAUGCGGCUAGUUAGCAGUGCAGUUGGCUAAGCUAGCUUAACGUGUACACUGCAAGAAUAACAUUGCAAGAAUAACAUUUAGACAUGCCUUGUCAUACUUGUUGCGAAUUAACUGCACCCUGAAAGACGUUCAUUAAACGUAUAUCCCCAUGGCUGCUGUGUUCGAUUUGGAAACUGACCGCGCUUUUGUCCCAGCUUGUCUACACGCACUUCUCCUUUUAUAAAAGUGGAUCCUGUGGGCAACAAUGAAUAAUUCCCUGGAUAGUACAAGCUCUUAUGAGGAGCUUGUGCGACAGAAAGCUCGGAGCAUCCCCCAGCAUCGAAUGAAGGAGUUUCUGGAGUCUUUGGCCAGUAAAGGUCCAGAUGCACUGCAGGAGUUCAGCCAGCAAAGUGUAGAUGUUACAACAACCACUACGACGAUGGUGUAUCAGCAAGACGCUAAUUGCAUCUAUACGGACAGCACUGAAGUGGCGGGGUCACUUCUGGAACUAGCUUGCCCUGUUCAGGUGCAAGUUCAGCCCCAGCAGCAACAGAUUCAGGAGUCAACAACUCAGCCACAAACUGUUCAGCAGAAUACAGAGCAACAGAUUGUACAGGUGCAGAUUCAAGGACAGCAGGCAGGUCAGAUGCUGGGUCAAGUCCUCCAAGUGCCCUCUGGUUCCCAUCAGCAACUUCAAGGUGUGACGACAGCACAGCUCAUUCAGCCAGGAGAUCUCACUGAGGAACAGCAACAACAGCUGCAAGCCCAGUUGGUGGCAGCUGUUGCAGGGGGACAGCAGAUUCAGAUUCAAACAGUGGGGGCCCUGUCUCCCACUCAGCAACAGGACAAUACAGAGAGGAGGGCUCUGGGAACCACUGGUGUCACAUCCCAAGGGGCAGGUGUCCUUCAGCCAGCCAAGAAACGUAAGGUGGACAUGCCCAUCACUGUCUCAUAUGCCCUACCUGGUCAGCAGGUGGCGACGGUUCUAGCAAUUCCUCAAGGACAGGGUCAGCAGCAGAGUUAUGUCUCCCUGCGGCCAGACCUCUUAACAGUGGACAGCUCCCACCUUUACAGUGCUACAGGCACUAUUACCAGUCCCACAGGAGAGACUUGGACAAUUCCUGUCUAUUCUGCUCCUUCUGGGGCCGGAGGUCGGGAACAGGUGACACACAUUGCCAUCCCCCAGGAAGCCUAUGGAACUGUGCAGGUUGCAGGGACGAAUACUACAACCAUGACCACAAUGCCAACACAAGUCACGGUCGAGAAUGACAAGUUAAAAAGCUCUUCCAGUCAAAGUCAGACAGCUCAGGCCGUUUCCAGCAUAACAAGCACUGGAGGAAUGGGAGGCCAAGAAGAAGUGGUGCAUACGUUGGCUGCAAACACACUCUUCCCUGCCCAGCUAAUGAAUGGAAAUAUCCACAUCCCAGUUGCUGUACAGGGUUACUCCAAUGCUACACAGUCCCUCAUCUGGGAUCCACAGCAGCAGGUGUUGCACACACAGGGACUAACUGUGCAGGAUGGGACAGGACAGCAGCUUCAGGGUCAGACAGUGAUAGCAGAGGUAGAUGGCCAAGGCCCACAGCAAGUGCAAGUUCAAGAGCUUUUGCUCCCUGCCACGCUCAAACCAGAGGAGGGCCUGGAUCUGUGGCGUGCCUGGGCUCAACGGAAAAACGCUGAAUUGGAAAAAUCUGAUAAAAAUAAACUGGCUCCAAUUGGCCGGCGCCAGGCACUGCGCUUCCAGGAGGACUUGGUGUCGUGUGCUGUAGCUGAGCUCUGCAUGGGGCUCUCACUAAUGACCACAGAGGCCCGAGGGCUGGAAGGAGAGCCUUAUGACGCGGAUGUCCUUUACUAUGUAUUUCUGUGUAUACAAAAAUAUUUGUUUGAUAAUAGUCGUGUGGAUGACAUCUUCUCAGACCAGUACUACACUCGCUUUGCUCAAAGUUUGCACCUGGUUCUCCAACCCUGGUUGCCAACUGUUCAUCCACUCGGUUAUAUUAUUCCCAGUCACGUGACAGAGGAGAUGUUGUGGGAAUGUAAACAACUUGGUGCUCAUUCCCCCUCAACACUGCUCACAACUCUGAUGUUCUUCAACACUAAGUAUUUUCAUUUGAAGACAGUUGAUCAGCAUCUGAAGGUUGCUUUUUCUAAAGUGUUAAGACACACCAGAAAAAGUCUCAACAAUCCCAAAGACAAGAGCACCAGCAUCCGAUAUCUGAAGUCAACAGAACGGUUUGUAGGACAGAAAGUUUCAGAUGACAUGUACUCAGAGCAGCUGGAAGACCCAGAAAAUCCUCUACGAUGUCCCAUCAAGCUGUAUGAUUUCUACCUCUUCAAAUGUCCACAGAGCGCCAAAGGACGCAAUGACACCUUCUACCUGACUCCUGAGCCUGUCGUGGCUCCAAACAGCCCCAUCUGGUACUCAACUCAGCCAAUCCCUAAAGAGCAGUUGGAGCAGAUGCUGGCCCGAAUUCUUGUUGUCCGUGAAAUCCAUGAAGCCAUUCACAUGUCAGAGAGUGUACAAUAAUUGGACCGAAGGAGACAGCCACAUGAACUAGACUCCUCCUCCUCUUCUUCACUCAAUCUUUUGAUUGCUCAAUCACUAGUAGUUUUCUAUUCCCUCACACCCUCUUGUGGGUUUAAAGGGCAGCAUGUACAAGUUUAUAUUCAUUAUGGCUCUAUAUACACUAUCUUGUACGUGUGCAAUGUACAUACCACACAUGAUCAAGACUUUUUGUCUCUCAUUCACAGGAAUUCCACAACUGUUUUUUUUUCUUUCUUUUUUGCUUACCCAAAGGAUGAUUGUACUUGAUCUGCGUGUUAUAAUUUAAAUAUUUUUAACCGUGGGUCUUUUUAACCAUUACUCUGCAUUAGUUAUUUAUAUGCUUUCUGGAAACAAAACUGUAAUAUAUUUCAUAUAUUUUUUUGCUGACGUCUUGCUUUUGCUGCCUUGCCUUUGUCAUCUCUCUGUUACAGUUGUCACAAUAGAUACCUCAGUGGUAUCAAGACUGUGCAGAGUAGCCAAUUUUUAAAUAGUGUGACAUCUUUGGUUUUUGACUCAUCUGUCUUGAGCCAAGUUACAAUGACUCAAUGACUUGAGACUCUGAGGGAUGCUGCUUGUGCUACAGCAGUGGAUCACACUGACAGUAGACUUUCAUUGGAAUAUGAGCGUCUCCACCUUGACUGCAGCUACAAGUACUUGCCACAGGGUGAUGUGGAGGUCAGCGAGAUGCUCCUUUCUCCCCUCAAAUCACCAAGCCCGAAAUGAUUCUGAAGAUGAAUUUAUAUGAUUUGUUUAGUAAGGAAGGGAGAAGUGAUCAAGGUGAUAAGCCCUUAAUGUUCUACAAUGUAAAAUAUAGCUCUGUCCUAUAACAGGCAUCCGACAAGACUGGCAGUGCCUGCGGGGUUUUUGAAAAACCUUUUCUUUAUACAUCCGCUAUACCAUGUGUUUGCCUUUCUACUAAGUCAAGUAUGAGUUGGCCACAUGCAUCCAUAAGAACUGGUAGCCUACAUUGUGAAAAUAAAAAGAUGCACAGUGAUUUUCCCCCCCCAAAACAAAUCUUAAUAAAAGUCAGUAUAAAACAUACUUAAAUAAGAGAAUAUUCACAGGCAUACACAAACAACCAUUUGGUAACUUGUCAUGCAUUGGUUCUGUGCCUGGCAAACUGAGAUGUUCCAUGAGAGCCUAAGGUACGGGGGUGUAUGCAUGACAGGAACCACAUUGUUCUCAUGACACCUGCAAGUUGGGAACGGGUUUGACCUGCCUGGCAGGUUGUCACGCUUAUCUUUUUGUGUGCAUGAUGCUGCUUCUUUGGUUUCCUGAGCAGCAGGAGUGCAGCCAGCUGUCUGUUCUGACCACAUUGACUUUGUAAAGGUAGUUCAUUUCCAAUGAAUUCAAGAAGCAUGUGAGCCUGAAUUUAGCGGUGAUGAAGAGGGCAGCAGCCUCCGCAGUAGCUUCCCAGGUUGUAACAUCUGCUGCAAUGUGCUCUGAGGUUGGUCUGGUGGAGCUUUUCGUCUGUGAUGGUGAUUUCUUCUCCUCCCCUCUUGGCUUGCAUGCUCCGUGUGGAGAAAUCUGUUAAAAAUUGGUAUCAUAAAAAUGGUCAUCACGUGUGGCUGACAAACCAAUUCCAGGGUUGAAAUAUGAGUUUGCUGAUCAUGGAAAUUUACUGGUUCUGUUUUCUCACCCUGGUGAUGCUCCCUGGCGUAUCCAGUAUAGCAGACACUGAUGAACAAAUAUGUACUGCUCCUAAUACACACAGGAAGAGUGGCUUGGUAAGAUACUUGUUCUGUUAUACAGUCUGAACAUAUACCUAUGAAACUACAGUAUGAAAACAUAAGAGAUAUGCAUUUUCUCGUCAAAGUCACUUCUACGAAGAAUGUGUAUAGUGGAAUACAGUGUUCCAUCGCUCUAUUGCGGUUCACCUUUUGCGGAUUCACUGCUUUGCAAAUUUGUUUUAGUGCUGCUUUUUGUUUUUGUAUGAAGGUUGUUACAGGCCGAGCCUGGCCCUUUAGGAAGAAUUGCGUUGUGGGAAGUUGAGUGUCUAUCUCUUCCCUCUCUGGCGCCACCGCCCAUUGUUUUUUGCGUCCUGAUUGGCUGUAGAACAUUGUCAAUCAGUUUCCUUUGACCUGCCAUGUCUCCUGUGUCAUCGCUAGCUUGCUUGCUUGCUAGCUUGUAAGUGAAUCUUCGGUUCGUCUGCAGCAAUAUGUUUUAACAAGGAUAUAAAAAUGCUACAGUACAGCGGAACGGUGUCAGGACGAAAAGACACGGUCAUAGGGGUGAAAUAUGCGUGAGUGACAUAAUAAUUGAAUGUAUUGAUCAUUGAAAUUCAAACAAAGGUUUGAACUUUUUUGAGCGUGUUUAAAUAAGCGAGAAAGGUGAGAAAAUGUCAUUGCCUGAGAAAAUUGCACAAAGUGUGUGGUGAGGGGUUUAACAGCCUUAAAACAUAUAUAACAAUUGUAAAAAAAAAAAAAAAUGAAUCUGGCUACUUCAUGGAUUUCACUUACUGCGGGUUAUCUGGGGAACCUAUCCACCGCGAUAAACGAGGAAACACUGUACAUCAGAUUUACAGUCACCUGUCCGUUCCUGUGUUGAGAACAUUCAUUUGUGUCUACUUUUUGAGAUACCAACAUGUCUCACAUGAUAAAACUAACCAACUCCCCUUGAUGAAGAGCACAUGACCUUUCAUCUCCUUCUGUAUUGAAAUUCCUGAGAAAAUCCAGGUUGCAUUCAAUAUAGUAAUAGUAUAAUAGUACCAUUUUGUGUUGUUAAAAUGAUUGUAAUUUUAGAAAGACACAUGAAAAUAUAACUAACUACAGUGGAAACUUGGUUGGUGUCAUGAAGUCGUUGCAGAAGGUCUGACUAACCAAAAUGGACGGCUACCAAAAGGAAUUUUCCCAAGAAAUAAUGUAAAUCCAAUUAAUCCGUUCCAGAAGGCCAAAAUGUUAACACAAAACAUGUUUUUUUAAAAGUGCUUUUACGAUUGUAGUUUUACAUGCAUAAAACACAUCAAAUAAAUCAUAUAAAUAUGAUGAAUGAAAGGGAUAAAUUAACCUUUAAGGUUACACGGUGUGACAGUGAGAUCAGCAUCUUCCUCUUCAACACCGUUUUGCUGUUUUGCCAUGAGUUAUUUCUUGAAUUGAAUACUGUUUUUCACCCCAAUGACGCAAAAUGGAGCCAUAGAAAGAAAGGUGAGAAACACUCUUGACUUCAAGAAAUAACUCAUGAAGGUAGUGUCCGUGUUCAUCUUGCUGCCACGUCAUGUCUUUGGGAACAGCCGCGUCUUCAAUGACGGUAAAAGUAACCUUAAAUGAUCAAUGAAUUCCCUUUAAGUUGUCAUUUUUAUGCAUUUAGAAUUGUUUUAUGCAU